UAAAUCACAGGAAGUCACAACUUCACUGGAGCAGCUAUCAGAACAGAGAGCUACAGCUGGAUUCAAAAGGACAAUACCAGAACUCAUGAACAGUAGCCACAACAACAACCCUCCCAGCACCUCUUCUACUGCUACACCUACAGAGAAUCUUGUUACCAUGGAGAUGAACUCAUCACCACCAGCAACAGACCUGGUGAGAGACAACUCAAGCAGCAGCAACAAUCAAAAUGAAGAGAGACUCUGUUGCUCAGAAAUUCAUGGGGAGGAAGAUGAGACUGCUAAGGAAGAUGAAUGUGACCAUUUGGUUUUCAAGACUGAAGAGGAGACAGAAGGACAAGGUGAGCGUGAUAACUGGAGAGGAUUAUUUGAGGAGGAAGAUGAAAGCAGACAGGAAGUGAAAGAUGAUGAAGAAGGAACUGAAGAUCCAGACAGAAGGACAGUCGAGGGAGAAAAUGGAGAUGAAGAACUAGAGUUUGAAAAUCUGGGGAAAGUAGAAGAUGAAAAUAAAGAGAAAGUAUAUGAAUGUGUAACAGGGAUGCUGAUAGAGAAAACACAAAAUUCUCCAUCAGAUCUUUUCCUCAUGGAUCAAAGUCCACAGCAUAUUUUAUUUGAGCUCCCAACUGUCACAUCAGAUCCUCCAGAUGAUGCCUUGCAGGAGUCCUGGAGAUGGGAGGACUCUGGAAACAGAGAAGAUUUCACCAACAAUCACCUUAGUGACUGCCUUCAUGCAAAAUUGGCUAUUGUUUACCCUGAGAGUGAUGCAGAGGAGGACCAAUGGGCAGCCUCAUCAUCAUGUGAGAUCACCAGCCACAUAGAAGAAAAUGAAACAAUAUCUGGAACAUGUGAUGCAAAGAUCCAGGAAGAGGGAAUGGUUAGUGCAGAAGUAGAAACUAAAUUGGAGAAACAGGGAGAAGGGGAAGUGAAAAAGGAAGGUAGGGAGGAUGAUGAAGAGCAGAUGAUGUCGGGAAGAGAUUUUACCCCACAGUCGUCUUCUGUCAGCUCGAUGACCAGCUCAACGGAUCUUGACAGGAGAGAGAUCAUCAGUGAAAACGUCUCCACUGAACAUUUGGAUUUUCUGUUGGCUCGCCAGCAGUGGAAGAAGAUGGAGGAGGGUAUCAAAGGUCAGCCCAUCCCCAAGCCAGGACUCAGAACUCAGGGGAGCUUUCAGGGCACCCACUCUGCAUUAUACCCUCCUACUCGCAGCCCCCGCCUCAAACACAGAUUGCAGACAGGACAAUCUCCACCCAGACCUCCAGCCUGCCGCACCCCUACCUUGUCCAUUUCUCCAUCCCCUUCCUGCUCUUCCUCUCUCCCUCAAUCAAUGUAUCAUGAAUUGACAGCCAAUAAUGUCAUCAUCCUGGAGCCCACCUCAUCUAGUUCCUCCAAAAACCUCCUCUUCCCCUCCGGUACUGGUGCUCUCUCCGAAUGGCCCACCAGCCUUGACGUGGCGUCCUCAGCUAACGUCAUAGUGGUGGAAACCUCAAACCUGAUUAUUCGCAGUGCUUCUGAGUUUUGUCUGAGCUCUGUGCCUGCAUCUGUGGAAAUGCAGGAGAGCACUUUCACAUCCAACCCAUUCUUCAAGCUGCGCUCCAUCAGCAGCCAAUCACUGGUGGAGCAAGAGAUCAGAAUGGUGAGGCAGAGGGAGGAAGAAUGGAGGAGGCAGAGGGAGGAGAUGUGGAGGAAACAAAAAAGGGAGGAAAAGUGGAGGAGAGGGAGAGAGAAAUAUGACACUGUGCUGGUGUCCCCAGCACUGAAUGAUAACAUCAGUUUCAGUGUGCCAGAGGUUCCACACAGAUGUGUCUCCUCUCCAUCUUCCCCCUCCAGGCCCCGCAAAAUAGAACGAUCUAGUUCGUCGUGUGAUCACAAGUUCCCCCCUCCCCCUCUCUCUUCAGUGCCUCAACGGAAGAACACCAUGGCGCAGCGAUGGGAGGCCACUUUGUUAGCCAAUCAGAAGGAGUAAGAAACAAGAUCACUCAACUAUGUUAAAGCCAGAAUUUGCUGCUUCGACUGUUUUGUCCUUGCCGUUAAUAUUAAAUGGACUGUAUAGCAUCUUUCUAUCUAAUCAAGAUACACAAAGCGCUUUACACUACAAUCUGU